CGACGGUUUCCUCUCCGGACCUCUCGAUUCAUCCAUUCCCGCCCCCGAUCCACUCUCGCAGGUACACCAUGGCCGAUUCCGAAUUGCCCAUCCGUCCCAAGCCGGAGGAACCUCCCGCAGACGCCCCCGCCGCCGUCGCCGUGGAGGGUGAGGAGCCCGGCAAGAUUAGCAAGAGUGCCUUGAAGAAGCUGGCGAAGGAGAAAGCCAAGGCUGAGAAGGCUGCGCAGAGAGCGGCGCAGGAGAAAGCCCAGGCAGCUGCUGCCGAGGCCAGCGAUACCGCGAAGCAUCUCUACGGCCCUAUGCCCGAUUCCGAGGACGUGCUUGCGUGCACGCGAUUUUCCAACAUCAACGACGAACAAUACGAGAAGGAAAUUACAGUGGUAGCCCGGGUGGAUAAUGCCCGAGUACAGAGCGCGAAAUUGGCCUUCCUGAUGCUGCGACAGCAGGGUCAGAAAAUCCAGGCCGUUAUUGCCGCGGCAGAGCCCAUCUCGCGGCAGAUGGUCAAAUAUACCGGCGGGUUGAAUGUCAACUCCAUCGUCCAGGUCACUGGUAUUGUCAAGAAGCCCGAAGUGCCCAUUGCCUCCGCGACCCUGAGCAACCACGAAAUCCAUAUCCGCAAAGUGUACAUGAUUGCCGAAGCGGCCCAACAACUCCCCAUGCAGGUCAAGGAUGCCGAACGACCCCCGCCCGAGACCACCGACGAGGGCUUCCAGGUCGAUGCCGAUGGCGCUCCGAUCGUCACCCUCAAGACCCGUCUCGACAACCGUGUCUUGGAUCUCCAGACCGCCACCAGCCAGGCUAUCACCUGGAUUUCCAGUGGGGUGGCCGAGCUGUUUGCAGAGUAUAUGAUUAAGAGUGGUUCUCGAUGGAUCUUCACACCCAAGCUGGUCGGUGCGGCUACGGAGGGUGGUAGCAACGUCUUCGAGAUCAAGUACUUCAAGAGAAAUGCCUACUUGGCUCAGUCCCCCCAGCUGUACAAGCAAAUGUGUAUUGCCGGGGACAUGGAGAACGUCUUCGAAAUCGCCCCCGUCUUCCGUGCCGAGGACAGCAACACCCACCGACACUUGACUGAGUUCGCUGGUCUCGAUUUCGAGAAGACCUUCCAGUCUCACUACCACGAGGUUCUGGAGUUCGCCGAGAAUCUCCUCGUCUUCAUCCUCACCCAGCUCAAGGAGCGAUACAAGGAACAAAUCGCCAUCAUCCAAAAGUCCUAUCCCAAGGCGGGCGACUUCAAACUCCCCAAGGACGGCAAGGCGCUGCGCCUGAACUAUAUGGAUGGUGUGGCAAUGCUGAAGGAAGCCGGCGUGGACAUGUCCGAGCAGGAACGAUUCGAGAACGAUUUCACCACGAACAUGGAGAAGCAACUGGGCCAGAUCAUCCGUGAAAAGUACGACACCGACUUCUACGUGCUGGACAAGUUCCCCAUGGCUGUCCGUCCAUUCUACACCAAGGCCUGCCCCCAGGAUCCCCGAUUCUCCAACUCGUAUGAUUUCUUUAUGCGCGGCGAGGAAAUCAUGUCUGGUGCCCAACGUAUUAACGACGUGAAGGAGCUGGAGGCAUCGAUGGCCGCCAAGGGUCUCGACCCCAGCCAGGAAGGCUUCGAAGACUACAUCGCUGCGUUCCGCCAGGGAUGUCCUCCCCACGCUGGUGGUGGACUGGGUAUGAACCGUAUCGUCAUGUUCUUCCUGGGACUGCCCAACGUGCGUUUGGCCACGCUCUUCCCCCGUGACCCCCAGCGUCUGCGCCCUUAA